CGCUCAAAAUCACAGAAGAAGCUAAAACCACCAUUUGAGAGAGGGGGAGAAGAGAUGGGUGGAGGCAUGGAGACGAACAAGAACAAGUUCAUCGAGGACUGGGGAUCCGCGAGGGAGAAUCUCGAGCAUAACUUCCGAUGGACACGUCGCAACUUCGCUCUCAUCGGAAUCUUCGGCAUCGCCCUCCCCAUCAUCGUCUACAAGGGCAUCGUCAAAGAUUUCCAUAUGCAGGACGAAGAUGCAGGCAGACCACAUAGAAAGUUCCUCUGAGAUUGUUUGCCAGAUACACUCUCUUCUGCAAAAGGUCUCAGCGUUGUGAAAGUUUCAAGAAAGCUGAUGCUAGAACUAUCCUGUUUUGCAUUUUGUUCAGAAUAAAAGAACAUCCAAGGAUUAUAACGUCUGUUUGAAAAAGUGUGUAAUGAAUUUUGACAUUUCUUUCGAUCUGAAUUUACCAUCUCCAGUACUUAACA